AUGAGGAGCGCUUCUCGUCUUCGUCUUCUCAAAAGUCUCGGUGGUGGUAAAGAAGACAAAGCAGUAGGAGGAGGAAGUUUGGGAUCAUCAUCGUUCGUAUUCUUUCGUCGGCAAACGACGCCCUUUAAAGGGUUUUUGAGUCGUUCGUUAAGAACAACAUCAAACGCUCGCGAUGAUGAUGAUGAUGAUGAUGAUGUAAAAAAUCCCCUAAGAAGAAGAGGAGCACACGAGGAGGAGGGCGUGGUGGUUGGAUUGGAAAUACACCUCCAACUGACCUCGUUGAAAACAAAGCUAUUCUCCCCUGGUUCUGUUUUAAGAGUAGAUGGUGGUUCUGCAAGUGGUUCUCCUGUCGUCCACGCGUUCGACAGAGCGGAACCUGGCACGUUACCGUCUCCGGUGAACGAAGCUGCGGUGCAAUGCGCGUUGAAACUCGCGACGGCGUUACACGCGACGUGCGAGAAAGUCUCCGAGUUUGAUAGGAAACACUAUUUCUACGGAGAUUUACCGCACGGGUAUCAGAUCACGCAACACCGGAAACCGAUUUUGACCGGUGGGAGGAUUAACGAAAACGUGAGGGUGGAGCGGGUGCAACUGGAGAUGGAUACUGGGAAGACUUUGUCUUCUUUGUCUUCUUCUUCUUCUUCCGAAAAGUCUUCGAAUGUCGUCGAUUUAUCCAGAGCUGGAGCGACGUUGUUGGAAAUAGUGACCAAACCGGAUAUCAGAAGCGAAGAGCACGCGGUAGAAACGGUUUCUGAUGUUAUUCAGAUGGCGAGAUAUUUAGAAAUUUCAGACGCAAACAUGGAAGACGGAUCGAUUCGGGUUGACGUGAACGUGUCGGUGAGAAGAAGAAGAAACGACCCCGACAGUAACGAUGAUGAUGCUACUACUAAAAGUACUAGUGUAUCAUCGGAACGCACGGAAAUUAAAAAUCUGAACAGUUUACGGUCGAUUCGAAACGCAAUCAAGUACGAAAAGGAGAGACACGGUAGGUAUUUAGACGGCGUCGUCGGCGCGGAGAAAGUUGAGCGAGAAACGCGGUCGUGGGACGAAAAGUUGAACAAAACGAUCGUUUUGCGAUCGAAAGAAUCUCUGUUGGAUUAUCGAUUCAUGAGAGAACCAGACGUUUUGCCCAUCGUAUUAACGGACGAGGAAAUUGAGCUCGCGAGAAAUUCGGUUCGAGAAAUGCCGAAAGCGGCGCUGGAGAGGUUGAAAAACCUCGGCGUUUCCGAAGAGCACGCGAAGUUUCUCUCUUUGCAUCCGUCCUCGGUGAAAUAUUUCGACGAUAUCGUAUCUCUGUGCGUCAUUGAUGCCUCCGUCUUUCCUUCUCUAUCAAAAGAGGACGUGAAGAGCGUCGCAAAUUUUGUGUGCGUUGAAAUUGUCGGCGCGUUGCGAGACGCCGGGGUGGGUACCAAAGGGAAACCACCGUUUUUAGGCAUUGAAUCGAAAACGAAUUUACACCCCGAGCGCGUGCGCGACGUGUUGAAGUCGCUGAGAGUGCACAAAACUAUUUCGGGUCGCAUGGCGAAGGACGUGAUUAAAUUAUUAGCUCGAAACGAUUCGCGUUCGAUCGAUGAAAUCCUCGAGCAAGAGCUCGGCGGAUCGCUCAUACAGAACAACAACGAUAGCGGGAAAGAGAAUCCAACGAAAGAAAAAUCCAUCGGAAGCGCAGACGAAGAAGGCGAGCAAAAUUUAGACGCGACGUGCCAAAGCGUCGUCCAAGACCUCGCGGAAGAACGCGAAGCGAUAAAGAAAAAUCCGAAAGUCUUUGGCGCUUUCGUCGGCGAAGUCAUGAAACGCACGCGAGGCAGAGCCGACCCAAAACAAGUCUCCGCGACGCUUAGAAAACUGUUAGACGAAUAUUAA